AUGAACCUUUCCACAAUUGUUACUAUCUCUCUCGCCUCCCUCGCUCUCUCUGCUCCUAUUCCUAUCCAAUAUCGUCGAGGGUUGGAAGCAUUGAAUGCGUGGGCCCUGACAGAAAUGCUGAUGCCUCAUUCGGGGAUCCCUGAGACGGUCACCAAGUUGGAUAAUGCUUUGGGUCGGUUAUGGUGGUUCAUGCUCACGGGUUAUGAUUUUGUCUGA